CUACGCACGCGAUUUUUCGCCAAGUUCGUAACGCCCGGAACACCGUGUUGAAGGACAAUUUGCAUUCCAGGCUUUGUACCGGGUUUUAGAUUAGCCGGAAAACGUCGUCCGGAUCAUACAAUUCAAACAUCUAUAUAAGCUAUAUCAGUGACGGCGUUGGUACUGCUUGUCACGACAUAACAUUGUCAUCGAUACUGGGUCAUUUUACGUUCCACUUCACUUUGAACUAUCGUCACGGGCAGCCAGACCGCGGUUUAUUGUAUUUUCAACCGCUAACAUCACCAUCGCCAUGACCACCUUUGGCUGGGGAACCACAGGCGAGGAAGCCACAGCAGCCUUUGCACAACACAUCGCAGGCCGCACUAUCCUGAUCACCGGUGUCACCCCGGGCGGCCUCGGCCUCGAGACGGCCCGCGUCAUCGCUCUGCGCGAUCCCAAACUCGUCAUCCUAGCCGGGCGAUCAACAGAGAAACUCCAGCAAGCAGAAGAGGAUGUCAAGAAGGCAGCACCCAAUGUAUCGGUCCGCCAGCUGGUGCUCGAUCUCGGGAGUCUGAAGGCGACCAGAAUAGCCGCCGAGGAAGUCAACAACUGGAGCGAUGUCCCCAGCAUCGACGUCGUCAUCAACAACGCCGGCAUCAUGGCGACCCCUUACGCCCUCACCGCGGACGGCAUCGAAAGCCAAUUCGCAACUAAUCACGUCGCGCACUUCCUCUUCACGCAGCUGCUCAUGCCCAAGAUCCUCGCCUCGGGGAGCGGUGCACGUGUCGUCAAUCUGUCCAGCAGCGGAUAUAAAGGCGGGCCCGUCCGCUUCGACGACUACAACUUCGACGGCGGACAGAAGUACGAGAAGUGGGCGUCGUACGGGCAGUCGAAAAGUGCGAAUGUGCUGUAUGCAAGGGGUCUGAGGGAGAGAUAUGGGAACAAGGGGUUGCAAGCGUACGGCGUUCAUCCUGGCGCCAUCUGGACGAACCUUGGACACCAUGCUAAGGAUGAUCUAAGGGCUAUGGGAUUCAUGGACGAAGCGGGCAAUACCGUGAACUCGGAGAGGCUGAAGUGGAAGACGUUGGACCAGGGUGUCUCGACGACAAUUGUGGCGGCAUUUGACCCGUCUAUCGCUGAUCAAAGUGGCGCAUACCUCGCCGACUGCCAGGUAGAAGAAACACAAGAAGACUGGAUGCAGGACCCGGAAGGCCCAGAAAAGCUCUGGAAGUUGAGCGAGCAACUGGUUGGACAAGAAUUUCCAGCACCGGCGUGAGGAGAUUUGGUUAAAUGGUGGCAUCGCUAAUGUUGAUACAUGGGUCCGGAUCAAAUUCCGAAUACCAUAGCAGGACCUUGAGGAACUCGAGAUACUACAAGCCGCU